UUAUCUUCAGUGUUUAUACGGAAACUCUUGCGCUAUUUCGCUUCUAGCUAAUGUACAAAAUACUGUAAACACGCAGAGAGUUAAAUAUUAAUGUUGGACUGCUGUGCAUUUGAGUUGUUUAAGAAAUUAUAUAAUUUACAAAGAGACCCAUUGACUCGCUGUCAUGGAGGUGAACGGCACAGUCAACAUACUGUCUUCGGCGUACCUGGCCGUUGAAUUUGUGGACUCGGUUCUGCCAGCCAAUCCGCUGCAGGAACCUCUGAAGCACGCCUGGAACCACAUGCUGCAGAACUAUAGCAAAUUCCAGAUCGCCACUUGGGGAUCCCUCAUCGUCCAUGAACUGAUAUAUUUCCUGUUUUGUCUGCCUGGCUUUGUCUUUCAGUUCCUCCCCUUCAUGCAGAAAUAUAAGAUCCAACCGGACAAACCAGAGACAUGGGAGAAGCAGUGGAAGUGCUUGAAAAUGCUGCUGUUUAAUCACUUCUUUAUCCAACUACCACUCAUCUGUGGGACAUAUUACUUUACUGAGUUCUUCAGCAUUCCUUAUGAUUGGGACUCUAUGCCUCGCUGGCCUUAUAUUUUGGUCCAAUGUUUUGGCUGUGCAGUGAUUGAGGACACAUGGCAUUACUUCCUUCACCGAGCCCUACAUCACCGCAGAAUCUACAAACACAUCCAUAAAGUCCAUCACGACUUCACUGCUCCUUUUGGCAUGCAGGCCGAGUAUGCCCACCCUCUCGAGACCAUCAUUCUGGGAGCAGGAUUCUUCAUUGGCAUCAUGAUCUUCUGCAAUCAUGUUGUUAUGCUCUGGGCCUGGGUCACUUUCCGUCUGAUGGAAACUAUUGAUGUUCACAGUGGCUAUGACAUUCCUCUGAACCCCCUGCAUCUGAUUCCAUUCUACGCUGGCGCUCGCUUCCAUGACUUCCACCACAUGAAUUUUGUGGGUAACUACGGUUCUACAUUCACCUGGUGGGACAAACUCUUUGACACGGAUUCCCAGUAUUACAAACAUUACAGCCACAAUAAAGCAGUGAAGACCGACUGAUUGACAGAAGUGCACUUACUAAAAUAUACAGCAGUUUCACCAUCAUGCAGAAGGAUCUGUCUCCCAUGGACUUCUGUUUGGGCAUGUUUCCCCCACACACACCUGCUGUAAAGUAUUUCAUAUUGGACUGAAUUAAUUCAGAUCAAUCAAGGCCACCUUCUCUCACCAAUGUGCCUUUGAAAAAGGGAAAACACAACCCCACUGGUCGCAGUUGUCUAGAGGACUUUUAGGAAUUAAAGGAACAAUGACACCCUGUUUUCUGUGUUAUCAACAAUCUCGUUUAAGUAAUGACUUAUUAUUCCAUUCCAUUCUUGAAAAGCACUUUACUUUCACCUGAACAAGGACACACUGUCUUAAAAUGUUAUUUUUCUAAUGACUUUUUUCUUUGCAGAAUUAGAAAAUAGAUAAACACUGUAAAGGUUUUGAUGAAAACCCAUUGUAAAAGAAAUAUAAUGGACCUUGAAUAGAAUGUGGAAAAACAUUACAAAUAAAUAUACAUUUAUAUAUAAUUGAAACCAAAAUUGUUUGCAUGUUAAUUUGACAAUGCUAGUUUAUAACUUAGUAAAAUUACCAAAAAUGUU